GUUCCUUCUGUCCUUCCUUGCCCCAUUCCUUUCCUCUUAUGUCCCUCUAUCUCCUCACCCUUCCCUCUCUUCUUCCAGAUUUCCUUUUCUUGCUCCCUACCUCCUAACAUUUUGUAUCCUCUACUCAAUUUCUGCUUCCCUACCUAACUGUCUAACUUCUUCCCUCCCUUUCUUUCAUUUUAACCCCUUUUCUUUCUCUCCACCUUCUCCUACCUCUUCCUUCUAAUUCAUUCUCUCCCCUCUUUUAUCAUUCUUUUCUUCCCUACUUCCUUGCUUUUUACUUCCAGUUCCUCUAUAUCUCCUUCCUACCUUCCUAUCUCCUGUAUUAGUUCCUUUACUUGUACUAGACAGCUUUACUUUUCUUAUCUUAAUUCUUCUUUGUGCUUCCUUUGCUUGCUUCUUUCUUUCUUCCAUACUUUUAUCCUCCCUUCUACCCCCUUUUAUCCUUUAUUAACUCCUUGCCUUGCUCCCUAUCUCCUUUUUCUUCCCUAGCUCCUCAUUUCCCUUGUCUUCUCUCCUUACAUCUUCCAUCUUUGCUUCCCUACCUUCACUUCCUCUUAUGUUCCUGUGCGACACCAUUGAUUGUCUUGAGUUAGACCCUUUUCUUGCUCCCUACCUACCUUUUCUCUUUUUCAUGCCCCUUUCACUCCCUCCUCUCUUACUUUCCUUACUUACUUUCUCUUUUCUCCACCACCUUCCUUCCUCUUUUAACCCUCCUAUUUUUCUUCUUUCUUGCCUCCUUGUUUCCUUUCUUGGCCUUCUGUCUUUCUUUUUUUAUACCUUCUUGCCUCCUUUUCUCAGCCACUCUCUCCCUUCUUCCUCUUUAUCGCCUUUAUUCUCUUCCUCCUCUUGCUCUGUCUUCCUCUUCCUUCACUCUUCCUCCCAUCUUUUCCCAGUUUCCUCCUAUCCCACUCCCCCUCCCACCUUCCCCCCCGUUCACUCUCUCCUCCCCUCUCUGUUGUGUUGAUGUUCUCAGCUCCUGAAAGUCAGUAUGUGGCGCUCCACCUCCUUCUCUCUUAUUGUAACUCACUUCUCAGCCCUCCCUCCCUCCUUCCCCCAUUCCCUCCCUCCCUCUGUCUCUAACUCACUCACUCUCUUGCUACUUUAACUCAGAGCUGCUGGUCCUCUCCUUCAGCUCAGUGCUCAGAGAUGCAUUAAAGUGUCUGAACAGAUUCUGGAUAAAGACGGCUGAAUAAAAACUCUGCAAGGAGCCAUUACAGGAGAUUUUAACUGAGAGAAAGUGACACCCCGAAACAGGGGGACCACACGUGGGCGACCAUGUUGGGUCAGAGUGUGCGGUUACAGCCUGUGCCGAUCCAGAGCCUGUCAGAGCUGGAGCGAGCCAGGUUACAGGAAGUCGCCUUGUACCAUCUGGAGGAGAGGGACCUGGACUUCAAGAUUAGCAUCCCGAAAGAAAUACGCAAACGGAGAAAAUCUCUACGCAGGAAGUUUGACUCCUUUUCAAAGGAAAAGAGGGAGCGAGAAUCUGCCCCCAAGGCAUUCGGCAUCCCCCUCUCCCAGGUCAUCGCCAAUGACCGGGCCUACAAGAUUCGGCAGGACGCCCUGAAGGAGAGCAGACGAGACUGUCUGGACCUGGAGGCCAGCAUCCUGCGCUUCAGGGCCGAGAAGAGGCAGUUCUUCAAUGGGAACAAGCCGCUGGUCAGCUCCUCUUCGAUCACAGGAGGAGGUCCCAGCUUGCCAUCAGCUAAUUCGGUGGCACCGGCGCCCAUAUUUGAGACCCAGAACAAACCAAUGUCGCCUACGUUUCUGGAUAACACCAGCCGAGGACAGAGGAGGGGCGGUCUGUCAGUAGACUCCAUCUCCGACCUCGUAGAGAGCCAGUCUCGCCUGCUGGAGGCGCUGCAGCUCUCCCACCCGGCCGAGCUGGAGCUGAAGAAGUCACCAGGUGGCAGCAGCUCAUCAGAGAAAAGGACCCAGACCAAGCUCAGCCUCAACCCCAUCUACAGACAGGUGCCCCGGGUGGUGGAGAGGUGCUGCAAUCACAUCGAGACCUACGGUCUUCAGACUGUGGGAAUUUUCCGAGUUGGUAGCUCCAAGAAGAGAGUGAGACAGCUGCUUGAGGACUUUGACAUGGGGGUGGACGUCCAAUUAGAUGAGGAGCAAAGCGUCCAUGACGUGGCAGCGCUGCUCAAAGAGUUUCUCAGAGACAUCCCUGAUCCUCUGCUGACCAGAGAGCUCUACCCGGCCUUCCUGCACGCCACCUUGCUGAGGGGAGCGGACCAGCUUCAGUACCUACAGCACCUCCUCUACCUUCUGCCUCCCUGUAACUGCGACACUCUGCUGCGACUCCUCAGCCUGUUACACACAGUGCAGAGCUUCGCCCAGGACAGCAUAGGAACAAAUGACGAGGAGAUCCCUGGCAACAAAAUGACAGCUGCGAACCUGGCGGUGAUCUUUGGGCCCAACCUGCUGCAAAGGGAAAGAGGAGGAGAUAUGAGUCCUCACGCAAUGGGGAUUGAGGACAGCACUGCAAUCAUCAAUGUGACCCUGGUGCUCAUACAGAACUACAAGAGGCUCUUCACAGUUUCUGCAGAGCUGCAGCAGGAGGUCCUGAUGAGUCUGAUCCAGACAGACCCAGACAUCAUCGACUAUCUGCUGCGUAGGAAACUCAGCGGCAGUCACCUGACAGUGGAGAGCAGCAGUGAGUCAGGAGGUCGUCGGGAUACAGGGGCGUCUUUGGACUCUGUGGGAGCGUCUAGUGGGAGUUUGUCUCCGCUGGAGCCUCCAUCACCACUUUUCCCACCCGAUGGCAGCGGUGGUGAGGGCAGCCUGACGAGCGAGGUCUUCCUCAACGUUCUCAAACUGAACCAGAACAGGAAGCGUCAGGAAGCAAGAUACGGUGACGCCCCUUCAGGUAAAUCCAUCAGCCACAUGCGUCAGUUCCACUCCCACCACAACCUGCUCAGCCUGGCGCAGCCCUCCUUGUCCUCCAGAGGCCACGGUCAGGAACACGACUCCCAGGACCGCAGCAGGGGCCCGCUGGGCUCUGCACUGAGCUUCACUCUGGCAGGCGUCAGCAGUGGCAGCUGCUCCAGUCUGACCGGAUCGACAGAGAACAGUAUCUGGGUGAGACAGACGCCGCAGGAGGAGAGCAAACCGUCACCGGCCUCUAAUUUCUGGGACUUCUUUACGGGGAAAGGGUCAAGCUCAGAGACGAUGGUAUGAUGAAGGGUGAGAAGAGGAGAAACAUGAAGGGAAGGAGUGUGUGUGAGUGUGUGCUUGUGCUGAUGCUGUCAGAGGUCAGAAAUCCCCCCAAAAAGUCAUCGGAUUUCCUGUUACAUUUGCAACAGGCACAUGUGCUGAUUUAAAAGGAUGUUAAGAUUAGUGAUGGCCAAAUGAAGCCUCAUGAACCACUUUCUGUAUUUUCUGACCCCACCAGAUGGCACUCUUGGUUUAAAGAUAAAGGCUAAAGGACUUGAAAUGAAGUGUGCUUUCAAACCUUUGUUGAACAGACAGCGCCAUCUGGUGGCUUCAGAAAAUAAAGACAGUGGUUCAUGAGGCCUCAUUUGGCCAUCACUACUUAAGAUCCAAUAAUAUUAAAAAUCUAAAAGUGUAUUUCUAGUGAUACAGAAGUGAUAACAUAAAUCCUCUGCAGCACUUCCAUGCUCCUAAUAUCUCCACUGAAUUCUCAAUAACCUACCUGACCUUACGACGUUAAGGGAGCAUGUUGUUGCAGAUUUACCCUGAUGGAAGUUGGAAUUUCCCACUUUUCUGGCAUCUCUGGAACGCAGCACAUGUAUGAAUGUAUAGUUGGGACACAGAAGAGGAAGGACAUUUUGGAAAAACACAUCAAAAACUUUUUUCUUUUUUUAAAAAGACAUUGGAUUUGUGACAGAAAUUGUUGCAAACUUUUAAGCGCGGCUCACUCUGACUGACCUGGACAAAAGUAAAUGAAGGAAACAAGACUGACAAACUGUGUUUAUGAGAUUAUAUGAAAGUGGAUGCAGUAAUAAUUGUGAUGUACAUAUUGUGUACAUGAUGUAUUCAUAAUUUUACACACACAACUCUUGUCUUUACUGCGUAGAACUGUGUUACUAUGUGUAGCUGCAUGGACUCUACUAACACUUCUUUAUCCGAUACCUAUACUGAUAUCAUACCAGACUCCCUUUGUUUUUUGUUGUUUUCCUGUAACCUGCUAUAAGCUACAUUCACUAUCAAUGUAAUGUACAAUUCAGCUAUCUAACAUUCAGCUAGCAUCCAAAACAUCUUACGAUGACUCUGCAAAACAAAAAAUAAACAUAUUAAAGCCA